GAGGGAAGUGGGCGGGAAGGCGAAAUGGGCGGUGAAGAGGCCCAGCCCUCGCGGAGGAGGCGGGCGGAACAGUGCUGGGGCCGAAACGGGGCCGGAAAGUGGUGGCCGCCGGCCAGGCUCUGCCCCGCCUUGGGGCCGCCUCCCCGCGGGUUCCGUUGGCUGUGGCGGCGUCGGCCGCGGGGCGGCCGUAAGAUGGCGACAGCGGCGGCGGGAGCCCUGGGCCUGCUGUGGGGCUGGCUGUGGAACGAGCGCUUCUGGCUACCCCAGAACGUGAGCUGGGCCGACCUCGAGAAGCCGGGCGACGACUACGGCUACCCGCGGGCCCGGCACAUCCUCUCCGUAUUUCCGCUGGCGGCGGGCAUAUUCUCCGUGAGGCUUCUCUUUGAACGGUUUAUUGCCAAACCCUGUGCUCUCCAUGUUGGCAUACAGGACAGUGGUCCCUAUCAGGCCCAAUCCAAUGCCAUUCUUGAAAAGGUGUUCUUAUCUAUUACCAAGUAUCCUGAUGAGAAAAGGCUGGAGGGCCUAUCAAAGCAACUGGAUUGGGAUGUCCGAAAAAUCCAAUGCUGGUUUCGCCAUCGAAGGAAUCAGGACAAGCCCCCAACGCUCACUAAAUUCUGUGAAAGCAUGUGGAGAUUCACAUUUUAUUUAUGUAUAUUCUGCUAUGGAAUUAGAUUUCUCUGGUCGACACCUUGGUUCUGGGACACCCGACAGUGCUGGCAUAGCUAUCCAUAUCAGCCUCUUACGAGUGGGCUUUAUUACUAUUAUACCAUGGAAUUGGCCUUCUAUUGGUCUCUUAUGUUUUCUCAGUUUACAGAUAUUAAAAGAAAGGACUUCCUGAUCAUGUUUGUGCAUCACUUGGCCACCAUUGGGCUCAUCACUUUCUCUUAUAUCAACAACAUGGUUCGGGUUGGAACUCUAGUCAUGUGUCUACAUGAUGCCUCAGACUUUUUGCUGGAGGCAGCCAAGCUGGCCAAUUAUGCCAAGUAUCAGAGGCUCUGUGACACUUUUUUUGUGAUCUUCAGUGCUGUAUUUGUGGUCACUCGUCUAGGAAUCUAUCCAUUCUGGAUCCUGAACACAACCCUCUUUGAGAGUUGGGAAAUAAUCGGUCCCUAUCCCUCCUGGUGGCUCUUCAAUGGCCUUCUCCUGAUCCUACAGGUUCUGCAUGUCAUCUGGUCCUACCUAAUUGCACGAAUUGCUUUCAAAGCCUUGAUCCGAGGAAAGGUGUCUAAGGAUGAUCGCAGUGAUGUGGAGAGCAGCUCAGAGGAAGAAGAUAUGAGCAGCACAAAAAGUCCCUGUGGCAGCAGUUCCAGCAAUGGUGCCAAUCGGGUGAAUGGUCACAUGGGAGGCAACUACUGGGCUGAAGAGUAAGAUGGUUGAUAUGGGGACUUCAGUACAAAUGGACUUAGAGGACCACUGGCAACCUACUCUUCCUGGGCCUCCCCACAUUUACACUUCUGUGACUAGGGGAACUACAGGGCACUGAAGAGAAUCAAGCAAAUAUUUUCACAUAAAAAAACAAAACAAAAACAACUCUGCCAUUUUGUAUUUAAUAGCCUCCAGGUCCUUUCAAUAAUAUUAUUGGCUCUGUGUGUGUGUUUCUGCAUGUGCACAUGCACAUGUGCAUUUGUGCAUAUGUAUGAAGUUAAUUGCCUGGCUAAGGGCACAUUUCUGGACUGGGCCCACUGGGCUUU